AAAUUCAUUGUUUUGUUUUUGGUCGUCACCAUUUACGUUGUUAGGCGGCCAAGGUAUUUUUUUAAUUACAAAUUGAACAUUUUUGGAAUAAUCUUUUAUCAUUAUCUGUGCAUAAAUGAUUCAUCUAAUGCCUUCUUAACCAUGUCUGAGAGAAACAAACAAACAGAGAAAAAGAUGGAGAGAAUUGACAUAGUAGCAUUCCCAUUCCCAGGUCAAGGACACAUUAACCCAAUGCUCCAAUUCUGUAGAUGUUUAGCCUCUAAAGGACUCAAAGUAACCCUUAUCUCUUUCAUCGACGACGAGCUUACAAAAUCCAUGAAAAAUAGCUUAGUUAGAGUCGAGUCCAUCUCGAACUAUGACGAAGACAGCCACAAGUUUCCAACUAUGGAGGGAUAUUGGCAGAACAAGAAAUCAAGAUUCGAGCGAAAACUAGUUGAAAUGACUGAAAAUAAUCAUGGAAGCCAAAUAAGUUGCCUUGUGUAUGAUUCCAUUAUGCCAUGGGCUCUGGACAUCGCCAGACAAUUUGGAAUCGCCGGAGCUGCCUUCUUUACUCAGGCGUGCUGUGUUUCGGCUAUCUACUUACAUGUUCAUCAAGGGAAGCUCAAUAUACCUAUGGAGAACCAAGAAAGUAUAUCAUUGGCAGGGCUGCCAAUACUUGAGAGCCAUGAUCUGCCUGCUAUUGUUCCUAACUAUGCGAGCCUGGUGACUCUACGGACUAGUCAGUUUGCCAAUCUCAAGGAAGCGGAUUGGGUCUUUAUCAACAGUUUCGACACCUUAGAACAAGAGGUGUUAAGGUGGAUGACAAACCAAUUCUCAGUUAAGCUAAUAGGACCAACAAUACCAUCAAUGUAUUUGGAUGAAAAACUGGAAGACCAUAGUUCUGAUUACGGUCUAAAUCUCGUUAACUCUGUAAAUAACAAUUGCAUUCCCUGGCUAGACUCUAAGAAGAAUCGCUCGGUAAUAUAUGUAUCCUUCGGAAGCCUUGCCGCCUUAGCGGAAAAGCAAAUGGAAGAAAUAGCAAAGGCUCUCACGGAAUCCCCUUACCAUUUCUUAUGGGUCGUAAGAGAAUCCGAAGAAAAUAAACUUCCGAAAACCUUUUUGGAGGCGACGGAGAAAGGUAUGGUGGUGUCGUGGUGCUCGCAGCUUGAAGUCUUGGCUCAUAAAUCUGUUGGGUGCUACAUUACUCAUUGCGGGUGGAACUCGACUCUCGAGGCAUUGAGCUUGGGAGUUCCGAUGGUGGCGAUGCCAAACUGGACGGAUCAGACUACUAAUGCGAAAUUUGUUGCUGAUGUCUGGAAGGUAGGAGUUCGAGUAAAAGUCGAUGAAGAAGGAAUUGUUACGAAAGAUGCGAUAGAGAAUUGCAUAAGGGAAGUCAUGGAUGGAGAGAUAGGAAAUGAGAUGAGAAUGAAUUCGGAGAAAUGGAAGAAACUUGCGAAAGAAGCAAUAGAUGAAGGUGGUAGUUCCCACAACAAUAUUGAAGAAUUUGUAGCUAAAUUCAAGUGUUGUUCCAAUAUAGAGACUUCUGAUUAAUUAUGUAGAGGAGAGCAAUAUAAAUUGGUUGUGGGGAGUUAAGAAGAUUUUUAGAAAUGAUGUUCAUAUUUUAAGGACAAACCAUAUAUGAUAAGUGAACUUUCUCGGUGUAAACAAAAAAUACUUUUGUAUUACUGAUGAAAUCAAAUCGACAUGGCUAGAAUAUAUUCUUCGAAUAUAAAGUCACUUUAGCUGUCACGAUAGAAAUCGCUUCAUAAUAUGACAACAACAAAGUUGAUAUAUCGUAUGAUAUUUAAAAAAAAGUAAACUUGAAGUUUAAAUACCAGUUUAAAACAUAUCGUAGAGUUUAGCUACUACGCAUUUCUCCCUUGUACAAUAGAAGAAAAUGUUUCAAUCUUUAGAACCAUUGAUGGAAGUACACAAAAGUGUCACAAAUUUCUGAAUGUUCUUAUCCGAGCCUCCACCUUCAUCUAGAGCUGUUUUAGCAACUUUGUUCCAUUUUUCGGAAUUUCUUCUGAUUUCCUUUCCUGAUUCGCCUUCCAUGACUUCCUUUAUACAUUUCUCAAUCUCUUCUUGCGUCACAAUUCCAUUUUCAUCCGUCUUUACUCUAACUCCUACUCGCCAAACAUCGGCAACGAACUUCGCGUUGGUUGGCUGAUCGGUCCAUUGGGGCAUUGCCACCAUCGGCACUCCUAAGCUCAAUGCUUCAAGUGUUGAGUUCCAACCGCAAUGAGUCACAAAACAUCC